AUGCUCUCCUACGAUUCUCCUAUAUCCGUCAACGGGCCAUCCCCAGUCUCGCCAACCAACAUGUCCCCAAACCGUCCGGUCAUAUCAUCCUCAAAGCCUGUGCGGCACCCCAAACAAGCGGACAUAGUCAAGCCCACCAGCACCAUGGCCACAAACACUCGCGAUCAGACCAAACAUCACCACAUAUGGCUCGUCACGGGCCCUGCAGGCUGUGGGAAGAGCACUGUCGCGAAGCACAUUGCGGAUUCCCUGGGCAUGUCCUACAUAGAAGGCGAUGAUUUCCACCCACCAGCAAAUAUCGAGAAGAUGAGCAAUGGCAUCCCACUUACCGACGCCGACCGUUGGGACUGGCUCACGCGCCUGCGGGAUGAGGCCCUGACGGAGAUUCAGAUGGGCAGCAGUGGUGUCGUCGUCACCUGUUCAGCACUCAAGCGGAAAUACCGAGACGUCAUUCGCGUGGCCCCAUACUUCUACCCCGGCGCCCAGCUCCACUUCAUCUACCUGCAUGCACCCGAGGAAGUGCUCCUGCAGAGGGUAGCAGCCCGCAAGGGUCACUACAUGGGCGCCACGAUGGUCCGCAGCCAGUUUCAGAUUCUGGAGCCGCCAACAAAGGAGGAGAAGGAUGUCAUCAGCGUCGACGUCAGCCGGUCGAUGGAGGAGGUCAUGCGCGAUGCUCUUGACCAGGCCGUGAGGAAGUUGGCCGAGGAUGCAGCAUGA